CGCCCCGCGUCGCCCAGCUGCGGGUCCCGGCCCCCUCGCCCCGCGCCCGACCCCCCGUGGUGUCCCCGGCUCGCCCUGCCCGGCCGGUCCCCGCGCCCGUGGCGCCCGCGUCGCUGCCAUGCCGUUCCUGGGGCAGGACUGGCGGUCCCCGGGGCAGAGCUGGGUGAAGACGGCCGACGGCUGGAAGCGCUUCCUGGAUGAGAGGAGCGGCGGCUUCGUGAGCGACCUGAGCAGUUACUGCAGCAAGGAGGUGUACAACAAGGAGAACCUUUUCAACAGCCUGAAUUACGACGUCGCAGCCAAGAAGAGAAAGAAGGACAUACUGAACAGCAAAACCAAAACUCAGUAUUUCCACCAAGAAAAGUGGAUCUACGUUCACAAAGGAAGUACUAAAGAGCGCCAUGGCUACUGCACGCUGGGGGAGGCUUUCAACAGACUGGACUUUUCCACUGCCAUCCUGGAUUCCAGAAGAUUCAACUAUGUUGUUCGGCUGUUGGAGCUGAUAGCAAAGUCACAGCUCACAUCCCUGAGUGGCAUCGCCCAAAAGAACUUCAUGAACAUUUUGGAAAAAGUGGUACUGAAAGUUCUUGAAGACCAGCAGAACAUCCGUCUGAUCAGAGAACUGUUGCAGACCCUCUACACCUCCUUAUGUACACUGGUCCAGAGGGUCGGCAAGUCGGUGCUGGUGGGCAACAUUAAUAUGUGGGUGUAUCGCAUGGAGACGAUCCUGCACUGGCAGCAGCAGCUCAGCAACAUCCAGAUCACCAGGCCUGCCUUUAAAGGCCUCACUUUCACUGACCUGCCUCUUUGCCUACAACUGAACAUCAUGCAGAGGCUGAGCGACGGGCGUGACCUGGUCAGCUUGGGCCAGGUGGCCCCAGCCCUGCAUGUGCUCAGCGAGGACCGCCUGCUGUGGAAGAACCUGUGCCAGUACCACUUCUCUGAGCGGCAGAUCCGCAAGCGAUUAAUUUUGUCAGAUAAAGGGCAGCUCGAUUGGAAGAAGAUGUAUUUUAAGCUUAUCCGAUGUUACCCGAGGAAAGAGCAAUAUGGAGACACCCUCCAGCUUUGCAAACAUUGUCACAUUCUCUCCUGGAAGGGCACUGACCACCCGUGCACAGCCAACAACCCAGAGAGCUGCUCCAUUUCACUUUCACCCCAGGACUUUAUCAACUUGUUCAAGUUCUGAUCCCAGCACAUGAUGCCGCUUCCCAAGGGCCCUGCUGAUUGGACGGUUAGGAGCUAGGAGCAUGGACACUCAUUUGUAAAUAGUGUACAUUCUAGACAUUGGCUUGCAACUUCUGGGAUUCGUCACUGAGAGGAUGCUGGAGGGGAGCAGUGCAUUUGCCAAUGGGAAUUUAAGAACGUGAAUUUCACAAGUGGUAUGGAAAAGCAGAAAUACUGUAAAUAAACUUUUUUCCUAACAGUUUACCAGAAAGACUAUAAGAGCAAGAAUUCUGUGUCAACCUUGAAAAUGGAAUUCUUUCGAUGGUGGUGGAAACUCCUUUACAGUUGUUCCCUAGGAAGAAAUAGGCAAAACUCAACAUGCAAGGUAGAAUGUUCUCCGUUUACGAUGUGAAAAUUGGUUUAGACAAAAAGCAAGGAGGAAAGAAGGAAGGAAGGAAGGAAGGAAGAAAACUGACUACAUGUGAGAAAUCCUUUGGGCUUUUGGUUUUGAUUCAGUGUGUUUUGAAAAGGCAAGAAAUCCUACGCAGCUGAAGCACACAGCAUAAGGCCUUAUCCUAUGAAGAUACCACACAAUGGUCUACCUCUAAAAGCAUAGAGUGCUCUCUCUGACAACGUGCAUUACCCAGUAGGCGGUGUCUGUGUUUCCUGUAAAUUUUUUUUAAUCACUAUAAAAAGUGAUUUAAAAUGAAAAGGUUAUUGGAAACGAUCCUCAUCUUGUUCCAGGCUUCCUUUUUAGGUGUUUAGAGUUUGAUCCUUCUCUACAACAAUCUGCGAGCACAUGUGCCUUUUUUUUUUCCUUUCAAGUUGAAGCUCAUUUGGAAAAAUAGAAGGCUAAUUAAGAACCGUUCCAGGGAAAUUCAUGCUGCAGGAAACAGAGUAGGCACCUCACAGAAACGAAGACUUCCUUCUUGUGGCUUUCCGGGCUGCUGCGGGUAUCUUCACGACUAAAGCAGCAUCUUGUGAAUUAACUGGAGCCCAGUGCUGAGGCCAGUGAGACAGGCUUUCCCUCCUGACCAAGAGAACAUUUUGCCAGCCACUGUGGCCCUCUGCAGGGUGAAGAAUUUUAAGUCCAACAUCAAAAUUGAGUCAACGUGAGCUAGGGGCUUUUGCAAGGGUGUCAGACAGUGAAGUCUGCAGUUCCAGCCACGUGGGUAAAUGAGUUCAUCUUAAAACUUGCUUCAGGGCUAGAGUUAAGGAAAGAGUUAAACAUGCAGAUGCCAGGGAAUCUUGUAAGGCAGAUAUUAGCGGGUCAGCUGUGGAAGAAAGGAAAUCUCAGGACUUGAGUUAAUUGUCAGCUAUGCCUGGAAGAGGGUGGGGAAUGUUUUUGUGUUUUUAUACUUUUUAUAGAAUGUUGCUUUUCUACAACAAUGUACAUAUAUUUGCAGUUGUAUUUGGUUUAUGUCCCCAAAUAAAGUUUCCACCCUG